AUGGAGAAGCCAGCACCGGCAAAGCCUGCAAAGCCCAAAAACCCCACAAAACCCACAAAGCCUGCAGCACCAGAAGAAGCACCAGCGGAGGCAGAACCACCUGCAACUAUAACUGAUGGUGUGUAUACAGCACAUUCAUAUGGGAUGAGGUUUCUCAUAAAGUAGAGGAAUGCACAAGAAAUGCAAAGCUUCCGUCUGCUUCUAUUCCAGGUCCAACUUGUGGUCUCCAAAGUCUUUUUAUUUAUUUAUUUUGUUAUCUGGUUUUUCAAAUCAAAAUUUUACAAUCACAUAUCAAUAUACAAUAUAAAAACAAGAUUCCAGAGAAUUUCAUGGACUUCCCCCCUCCCCUUUGUGGGUCCUAAUGUUAGUCAUUUCCUCCUGCAUCUUUUGUAAUAAUGCAAACAUUUACAUUUCUACAUGUGUAUCUAAUUUAAACAUUAUGUUAUUGUAAUAGGGCAUUAAGUACAGGACAACAAAAGUGAACAUUGUGAACUCUCAUACUUGACAAGAGACUUAUACUCCAACCAAUGGGUUCAUAGUCUUAUCCUCCAUGUUAUAAUGGCUUGUUGUUUCACAGAAAAAACUGAAAGGGUGGAGACGCCAACACCCGAAAAGGGUGCAGAGUCCAUAGAUAAUGAAGCACCCAGAAAGGAUUCAGCAACAGCAGCAGCAGCAGAUGAAACUGGUGGUCUGUAUACAGCACAGUCAUAUGGAAUGAGGUUUCUCAUAAAGUAGAGGAAUGCAUGGGAAAGGGAAGUUGACGGAGGGACAGGCAGGGAGUGGAACCAGUCGUGUUGUGCUAGGGAGGAGUGCAGAGAAAAGCACACAAAGCUCUUUGGGUGCCAGUGAUCCACGAAGCCCCAUAGAAACCCCAGGAUUCAGCCCACUCUUUGCUUAGGCAGAAUGAGGCAGUUGCCUCAGGUAGCAGAUGCUGGGGUGGGUAGAGAUAUGUAGACCACACAAGCUGCACUGCACCUCCUCAGUUAAUCUGCUGCUCCAUCAGCAGCAUCCAAAUAAGAGCCAAUGGCCAGCCCAGCCCAGCUUCUGUAUGUGGAAUUAUGUGUACAGAGGGAGAAUCUUGCCAUUUGUUUGGGGAGCAGAAAGUCCUUUAGUAUCAAAGGCUACUGUCUUCUGAUCCAGACAUUGGUCAGAAAAGCUUUCUCAAGCAGCAAGGUAUCCCCCCUUGCUUCCUCCACCUGCUUACCCACCCAGAUUACCACCCCUUGAACAGUUGACUGUCUCUGGCUGAUGGCUACCACAGCAUAUGGAAACCCCUUUUCCUGGGUUGGGAAUGGUAUGUUGGCUCCUGAUGGCUAAAGUAGAAUUUUCUUUCUUCAAGCAUCUGGUUUUCAGAGCAUGGUUGCUUUCAUCACAUCUCCAACGGGUGAAAGAUUUGUCGUACUUGAGAUUUGCAUCCUUAGUGCCAUGACACUGCUGAUUUUCCUUCUAUGUAAGUACAUAAUUAGCAUACUUUGCAACUAAUGUCACGGGCUUUCCUUCAAUGCCAACAGCAUUUCCAAAAAGAGAUGGCAGGAUCCACCUUCCAUUUAUCCCUUUCAUCUCUCUUUGAUAUAAUGGAGGGAGUUACAGCUGUCACCCAGUGAGAGCAAUGUCACUGUUUUGUUCUCCCUGAAUAAGUGAGUUCCAGCACUUGGAACAGAAGAACAGGCUUGCACAAGUCCCUGGGACACCCUGGACAAUUCCCUUUCCCAGUUGCAAUUCUUUGCACCUUUCCCAACUAAUCCUCAUUUGCUGGGGAGAGCCCCCAUUCCUGGUCCUCGCCACCCUGCCCUCUACUAGGUCUCCAUGUCGGAAAUCAAGCCUAUAUCAGUAGUAACUGGCAACUCUCCAGGCACCCGGCUUGAUCUCCUGUUGACCUCCCUGUCUGCAUUCCCCAGGAGGAUACAGGCUAGGUCGCGACAGGCGAUCCUUCUCAGCGUGAGAACACACCCCUCUUUCCUGCCCCCCCCCCCGGGCAGGGGAAAGAGAUAGACAGAAACGUAUUUACAUGCCUUUAUUUCUGUCUUUGCAGCGUUACAAAAAACAUGACUGCUCUCUUCAAACUCCAGCAGUCGAGAGAGAAAACACUUCCUGUAUAAGAGCAAAAGGAAGAGCUCAUAUUACACUCUGAGCUAAUUCCGGUGCAUUGCCCUGUGAAUUGACUGUCCCUCUGUUUCCCACGGAACAGUCCUAACAUUCCAUCAUGUGCUGUUUUCAAGCUAGCAGCUCGCGGCAGCAUUGCUUCUAUAUCGUAACAUACUCCCCCAUAUGAAUCAAUGUGCUCUGCGAGCAAAGCUUGAUCCAGAGAAGAAAACAAACAGUUGUUAUAUAUAUAUAACACUCCCCUGUUGUUUCAGUUCCACCCUUGGAACUACCCGCCACUGGUUUCCCCAGUGUACCUCUCUGGUUGUCUGACUUCCAAGGAAUGAGUGCAUCUGCAUUACCUUGGCUAGGGAAUGUAGUGUUAUGCUUAGCAACUCCCUGUUGUGUCUUUGUCUCUGACUUAGACACACCUUUAACCUGUCUUGAGUUGUCAACAAUAGUAACACAUGCUACAGCUGAGUUAGCAAACUCUUUUGAAUACCUCUUGGGUGGUACACCCUCUGUAACUCUCUCGGACCUGCGUAUGAGGUGCUGAUCCUCUCUGCUCAUUGGUUCAGUUUCAGGACUCUUUGGAGAACCAGUUCCAAUAGUAAACAGUGGUUCAUCCUUCACCUGUGAAGGUCUCUUGUGUGAGAUUUCCUCUCAAUGACUGUGUCAACUGAGCUCUUUGAGCUAUCACUGUCACUCUCAGUAUCACUGUAAUCAGUAAAAUCAUCAUCAUCAUUUGAAUUGUCUUCAGUGGGAAAUGUGUGAACAAUUACUCUCUCCUGUUCAGGAGCACUCUCUAGAAAUUUUGUGAGAACCACCUGACCAGAUUCAGACAAAAUUACUCUGUAGAGACCCUUUUCAUAACCCACAAAAAUGCCUCUAGCAUUCUUUACUCCACCUGGAGCAUCAGAUUUCACAUGAGACCCAAAAACCUUAAAAUGGGCAACAGAAGGUUUUCUGUGGAAUAGCUUUUCAAAAGGAGAACUUCCUAAACUUUUUGAAACCUUUCUCAACCAAGAGUAACAAUAACUCAAUAAUGAUUCCGCCCAAUACUCAUGUGGCAAAUGUGAACUCAGCAAUUGUGCCUUCAUGCCAUUUUGCAAUUCUUUGUUCACUUGCACACAGACACUUCUGUUCCAUGCACCUGCUGAAACAGCAGUCUUGUGCCUUAUCCCUUUCUUAUCCAGGAAAUCCUGAAAAUCCUGCAAAAGAAAAACUGGCUUUUCAUCUGUGAAAAGACAAUCAAUGUUAGCAUCAUGAACAUUUUUAACUUUGUCACAAAACUCUUUAAACCUUUCUAAGGCUUCUUGUGGUUUGUGCAUUAUGUAUAUCCACACAUAAUGAGAGAAAUAAUCAACACACACGAGAUAAUAUCUUGCAUUGCCUCUAGAUGGUGCUAGAGGACCAAUCACAUCAGCAUACACUCGCUGAAAAGCUUUGGUUACUUGCGUCGUUUCCUGGACGUUUUUCUUCAUACCUGCAAGCGAAAUCAUGUUAGACUCAGAUGCAUUACAACUUAUGCAAUCACUUUGAUUAAAAGUCAACAAAUACAGUCCAUCUUUCUCUCUGGCAGAAAGAUACAGUUCUCCAUCUUUGAAGAUUUUGCAGCUUUCUCUAUCAUAGGACAAAAUCAGUCCUUUCUUUGUGAUCUGCGAAACACUUAGCAGAUUGAACUUUAAAUCAGGAACCAAAUACACAUUGUUAAUAGUCAGGUUCAGACUCUCAAGAUACACAGUUCCAAACCCGGUCGCUUUCAGCUCCUGGCCAUUGGCCUGUUUCACAGUGAAGCUUUGCUUCUUAAACGUUGAAAACAGUCCUCGGCGCGACGUCAUGUGUUGCGUGCAUCCCGUGUCAAGAACAAAAGUGUUCUCCGUUGAAAAUUCGGCUUUUGUUGACAGCAAUGCUUUUGCAGGUUUCACCUGGGACUUGGUACGACUUUUGCCUGACACCUCAGGCUUUGCAGAGCUCCCCUUAGCUCCUUUCUGUUGACGUGGCUUCUUACAAUUCCGCUGAAGAUGCCCAGUCUGUCCACAAUUGUAACAACGGACAACGUUCAAAGCAACAGCCUGUUCUUCACUUGCAGCAGCAGUGGGGGUGUCAGAACUCCAAGCUUCUCUCCCCCUGUCUUUGACAUCUAUUGCAGCAAGGCGAUCUCUCUCAUUGAGAAUCACGGCACAAAUUCUUUCCACUGUAAGAUCUCGGGCAGGUAGAGAACCCAGCUGACUUGCAACGGUUUUAUAAGUCCGAUUAAGGCUGUUAAUAAUAAUGAAGCAGAAUAUCUCUUCCUGUAGAGGGAAAUUGCGUUGCGCCAUCUGCUGGCGUAAGAAUUUCAUCUCUGUCAGAUGCGCUUGUACAUCUCCAUCAGGCGCUAGCCUUAGAUUGGUCAGCUUUUCAAAAUGCAGCAACGCUGAAGAACCAGCAUCUCUUUGAUGUAUUCUAUGCAGCAUUUGCCAAAUCUCACGCGCAUAUUCCAAAUCCUGAAUAUGCACCAGUUGAUCAUCUGAGAUACACAGAAUUAUGGCCGUCCUGGCUCUCACAUUCUGUGAAUUCCAACCUGGCGUUGGUGCAGCAGGGAUGGGGUUAUCAAUCACCCCAAAAAUCCUCUGAUUCUGAAGCAGGGCUUUUAUCUUUACAGACCAUGAGGAAUAAUUGUCAUUAUUCAGUGGAGGUGGGUAAGGUAAGCCUCCCCCCUUCUUGGUAUCCAUUUUGAAUCCAAGUCUCAGCUCUCACUCUCGAGCCUGUAAAAUUCCAAGAGUCUAUUGGCUGUUCACUGCGUUGCACUUGGCAGCUAAACGCAGGCUGUUUUGAAAGUCCCUCCAAGAGCAGUGAGAUAGCAGACAAAACAAACGCUGUUUUCCCAGUGUUUUUCCAGCCUCUCACUGUGCCAGCCUCACUUCCGUGUUGGCUAGUAACUUUCCACUUUACUGACGUUUCGUUGCUUAGCAACUGGACAUUCCAGGCUUGAGCAGCAAACCUUAUCAGUCCCAGGAAUGUGAAGAAUGUGGCUCUCUCUCAGUACUGGUUUUUUAUCCAAAAAGCAGCUUUUGUGAACCAGAGAAGAAUCAAUUUGCGUUCACUCUUUUAGCCCAUAAUUCAGCAUACCUUAGGGGUUCCGUUGCUCCUGGCUUAUCAGCAAAAACGUCUGCUUCAGAGCUCAGCCGUCUUUUGUAGCUUCCAUCCGCACGCUACCAUAUCUUCCUUUAUCUCCUUGCAGAGGAUGAAGUACGAUCCAUCAACCAUCCUCUGCUACCAGAUGUUGGAAAUCAAGCCUUUAUCAGGAGAAACUGGCAACUCCCCAGGCACCCAGCUUGAUCUCCUGUUGACCUCCCUGUCUGCAUUCCCCAGCAGGAUACAGGCUAGGUCGUGAUAGGCGAUCCUUCUCAGCGUGAGAAGAACACCCCCCCUCUUUCCUGCCCCCCCGGGCAGGGGAAAGAGAUAGACAGAAACUUAUUUACAUACCUUUGUUUCUGUCUUUGCAGCGUUACAAAAAACAUGACUGCUCUCUUCAAACUCCAGCAGUCGAGAGAGAAAAUACUUCCUGUAUAAGAGCAAAAGGAAGAGCUCAUAUUACACUCUGAGCUAAUUCCGGUGCAUUGCCCUGUGAGUUGACUGUCCCUCUGUUUCCCACGGAACAGUCCUAACAUUCCAUCAUGUGCUGUUUUCAAGCUAGCAGCUCGUGGCUGCAUUGCUUCUAUAUCGUAACACUCCAGUGCAAAGAAGGAAAGUUCUUGGGGAAAACAGGCUGCAGAGGAUAAAGCCAUGGCCAAAGUGGGUGGGUCCAGAGCCUACCUAAAUAUCGAAAUAUAUGCAGGACUUUUUUCAGCCGAAAUUCAUCAGGACUCUGUUCCGGCCCCUCUCAGAUGGGCUCCGUUGCUAAUCUAAAAGAACAAGGGAGGCAUUCAUGCUAAGUUCCAGUGUCUCUUUUUCUAGAAAAAUAGCACUGGAUAGAUGAACAAAUGGCUUAUUUUCAUAGCUAAUUCAUUUUUAAAGGGCACUCAAAGUAAGCAAAGCUUCGGGGGAGGAAACCAAAUAAUCCAAGAAUUUACAUAUUUUAAGCAUACGGCAGGGCAUGAGGGAGCUUGGCAAAUCCCAUUCUGUAGGACAAAGAGGACAGGUCUAUCUAGACAACCAAAAAUCUAAAGCUUUCAAAGGAAGGCCAACCAUCUGAUGACAGAAGGAACAGGUCAAAUGGAAACAGGAUUUCAGAGCACCAGGGCAGCCACAAUCAAGGCAUUGGAAACGUCAAUUUUCCAUUUCUCCCUAGGGCUGGGAGCAGAAAAUAUUAAAAAUAUUAAAAGCAGUUUGAAACCAAGUAUCCCCUCCCCCAGCUCAUCAGACUACUAAGUUAGAACACAAUUUCUUCAUUUCUUUUCUACCUACCUCCUCCUUAGAUCAGAAGGAAAUGAAAAAAAGAGUGGAGAUUCAAAUGGCAAUGAACAUGAUUCGAAACUUUGUUGUUGGGACUGAUAAAUUCUAUGAGGACAAGGAUGGUAAGCAUUUUAUUUACACAUCCUCACUUUUGCUAGAACAUGUUUAAUUUAUACAGACUUCAAUUCCUGUAGUUCAAUUUGGGAUUUAUAUUGUGUGAGCAAUACAUAUAUUCAGUGAAACUCAUCACUUUUUCAUUUCUCAGCAGGAAGAAAAGUAGACGGUUGUGAUUCUCACAUCCCCCCACCAGAAAUGCUGUCCUCCCCCGUCACACUGUAACUCACAGUGUUUGUGCUACUGCAAAAUUUUAGCACUAGCACAAGGGAACUUUGGCCCCACUUCUCCCUGCAUGCCAUCACCAAAGCUGCUCUCCAGGGUGGGGAAAACUUCAGAAAACAUGGGGGAAAGAGGGAAAGGGGCUGAAGAUUGCAUUGCACAAGGAGAAAUCCUUGCACUGACAUAAUGACCCCCUUAGCUCUAUGUGGAAUGCAACUCUAUAUCCACUAAUAAAAGAGUUUGUCCACCUCUAUUUUCUUAGAUCUCAGAAAGCAUAAUUGAAAACUGCAAAAUAUUCUGUGUAUACUUGGCUUUACUGUGGGACUCAAGGUGGGAAUUGUUUUGUGACCUUGUGAUUCCCAGCAGAAAAGGAGAACAAAGGAAGGGAACAUUAGAGAUACUUCAUGAGCCAGUUUUAAUUUAGAAUAGGAGAGUGGAUUGCAUGGGUCUUUGGUCUGAUCCAGCUGCAGGAUUCUUCUGAGGCUUUCCAUUGGUGAUCUCAGCCACAGAGAAUCAAGUCUGUCCUCAUAUUCAUAAGAACCCCAUCCUGGAUGUCUGCUUCGUGUUUCACGCUAGAGUGUUUUAAAAUGUUUGGAAAUGGUUUCUUAAUAUUUGCAGAUUGUUAUUUCAGAUACUCCUGUUUUAAACUGUUUCAUAUCUUUUAGACUUACAAAUACUUGCUGCAGCUCAAAACAUAUCAGAUAAAGUGCGGUUUCUUGAAAACAGAAAUGAUGAACUGCAAAAGGAAAUUGGUAAGCUACCCUAUGAUGCUGAAGAAUUGUAGCGCAGUGGGAACCUGCCCUGAGUCUGCACCAGUUGAAUGCCCCUCCUCUAGCUGAAUACUCUUAGAGCCAGAGCAGAGUGCUGCCCUCCUUUGCACCUGGCCACCCUAGGGAAACAUCAGAGAUAUUCAGUUCAGCUCUCCUGAUCUGCUGAAUUGAUUUAGCUUCUAUGGUGAGGAAAGAAAAGACUUCGUCAUUCUUUGCUGUAACAGAGACAAUCAAAACAGGUCAGCUAAAAGACCUGUCCUUUAUUAUAUUCACCCAUGGGAGAGAGAUUCUUGAAUAGCACUCCCGAGGCAACUUCCACCAACUUGGGCAGUGGGGUGAUUGGUGCAACAGCAAAAUCUCUCUUUGUUUCACAAGCCCAUCAUCAGAAAGAAGUCCUCAGGGCCACUCACAUAGUGAAUUGGCUCAUUGGCAUGUGGGUUAGAAUACCUGUGGACAAUAGCAAUCCUCUCUCUACCCACAGGCCUGAUCUGUUGCCACAGCAAGUACCCAGACCACAAAGCUAGGUCACAAUAGGGUCCUCCAUUUAUCUGCACAGGUCUCUAAGGUGGGCUCUCCUUCACUGGAAACACUUCCUAAAUAGGUAAUGAAUUUUAGGUGGGUUCCCACCAAGCAAGACCCAGUGAUAACAGCAAGAACCUUUAUUGAACUAACAGAACUGGACAACAGGGGCAAAGCAAAUGCUUACAGACAUUUCUGAAGUCCUGGAUCACUCCCACUCUCAAGAUGAUUGGCUGUCUAAACUCCCAAGCUGAGAAUCAUAACUGAGAGUUUAAGGGCCAAUGGCCCAAAUCCUGAAAUGUCCUGUGAUUGGAUAUCAUGUAUCAAAUCAGAACACAGCUGCUCAGAAUCCUUAGUCCAGACUCAAGCUCAGGCAAACAUAGACCACUGAAUACAUAACACCCCUCCCUCUUAGGCACAAAACUGUAUCCCCGUCAACACACAUAGUCAUCAAAGUGGUGAGGGCAGUGCCUCACCCUCUGGGAGUGCUGAAGCUCGUUGCCUUGGGUCCUUGGGGAUGCCCAUGAAGCUGCAGCUGUUGUCGUGGGUGUCACUGAUGUAAUUGACUCUGCGCUGUCUGGUGGUGCAGUGUUGGGGCCCCAUUCCUCAGCCCUACCCUGGGCCACUGGGUUCUCAUAGGGUGCAUCAGUCUGUGAGCCAGGCUGAUCGUUCACCUUGUCCCUGUUCUUGGGUGUGGUAGCAGUGACUAGAGCUGGGGCAUCAAACAGACGGUGGGGUGUUUGGUCCACAUGCUGGCAGUGGACCUGAACAUCUGGUGUGGCAGCCUUGUAGGAGCCUAGCCCAGUGCCCUGGUAACAGUGGUGGAGAGCAAGGCAGGACAAUCCCCAUAGUUCUUGAUGUAGACAGGGUCAUCAGAGGUGAAUGACCUGGGGGCUGCUGGAGCCUCCCAGCCAACAGGUGGAUCAGAUGCCAGAUUAGGGUGCAAACAAUCCAGGAGUAAUGCCAGCUUCCGGUUCAUGAGGAGCUGUGCUGGGCUUCAACCUGUGACAAUGCAGGGUUUGAUGUGCUGCUGCAGCAGAAAAUCCACUAGGCACUUGUUCCAGUCCCCCUGGGCAAUCUGAGUGAGGGAUUCCAUGGUGGUCCUCACCAUUUUCUAAGCCCAUCCAUCCAUUGAUGUGUGGAACGCUGCUGCUGUGACAUGCUGGAUUAGGUUGUUGGUCGUGGAACUGGAACUUGGUUGAUGUGAACUGUAUGCCAUUGUCAGGCCGGGAGAGGCAUAAGCCAAGACAGCCAGUGGGAUGGAUCCCACUCUCUGUCCUGGCUUCUUCUUUAGCAGCACGCAGGCUCUCCCAGGCAAGGGGAGCCUUCAUCCACUGCCCGGGAGGCUGUGUGCGGCUAAGGCUCCCCCAAGAGCCACACUCCCUUUAAAGAGCGCACGGAGCGUAUAUGCGGCUCUUGGGGACUUUUCCCCAAGGAGGAGAAGGGCAGCCCUUCUUCCUCCUCAGGGAAAAGCCCCCAAGAGCCACACGCACGCUCCACGCGGCUCUUUAAAUGGAGCGCUUACAGUGCCUCCCACCUGCAUUCACUCCAUAAGAUGCACACACAUUUCCCCUUACUUUUUAGGAGAGGAAAAGUGCGUCUUAUAGAGCGAAAAGUACAGUAUAUCUUUGCCAACUUAACUGGCCUUAAGUACCACCUAUAGAAAAUCUUUACAAAAUUUUCUUUAAUUGUAUAUGAGGCAGUAAAUCAUAUAUCCUCUUGCCAGAGUUUCUCCCAUUGCUCUGGAUAGAUAGUAUGUCCGAGAUCCUGAGAACAUUUAAUCAUCGUUUCUUUCACUUCUUCCUCCAUCAGUUCCCAGUCCAAUGAAAGAUUAUAUGUUUUGGAUAACAAUUUCUUGUUAUUCUGUAUCACUGUGACGUUAAAUUUCAAAUCCUCUUUUGCAAAUCCUUUCUUUUGAUCCGAGUUGAAUAUACUUCUAAGUUGUAUAUAAAGCCAUCUGUCAACUUCAUAUUGCUGUAUCUCUUCAUAGGAUUUUAAUCUGAGUUUCCCUUGUUCAUCUUCCAAUAAUUGUCUAUAUGUUGGCCAAUUUGUCCCCAUAUUCAGUUUUUUGAUAGCAUAUGCCUCCAGCGGUGAUAUCCACCAAGGUGUCUGUGGUUCCAGAUAUAAUUUAUAUUUGUUCCAAACUUUAUAUAAUGCACCUCUUAAUACAUGACUUGUGAAUUCUUUAUUGCAUUUUACUUUCUCUUAAUACACAUGCCAUCUGUGUCUAUUAUUAAAGCUUUCAAGAUCCAAUAUAUUAAUUUUUUCCAAUCUAAUCCAAUGUCUUACCCAUAUUAAACAUUCUGCUUCAUAAUAUCAUUUUAGAUUUGGCAAUGCUAAUCUUCCCCUUUCCUUUCUUUCUGUCAAUAAUUUAUAUUUUAUCCGUGGGUUUUUCCUUGCCAUACGAAUCUCAUUAUAUCUUCCCUCCAUUCUUCAAAGCAAUUCUCUUUAUUUAUAAUUGGUAUUGUUUGGAAUAAAUAUUUCAUUUUCAGCAGGACAUUCAUUUUAAUUAUGGAGACUCUUCCCCAUAUUAAUAACAUUAAUCUACUCCAGGUUUCAAAACCUUUCCUUAUUCCUUUCCAAACUUUCUCAUAAUUAUUUUUGUACAGAUUAAUAUUCUUCAUAGUUAGAUCUAUAACGAAAUAUUUUGCUUUCUUAACAAUCUGUAAGCGAACCUUUUCCUGAAGUUCUUUUUACUCUUGUUCUUGCAUAUAUUUUACCUAAGUUUUGUCUUUUCCAUAUUCAUUUUAAAGCCACACACCUUGCCAAAGUCAUAUAUUAUAUUUAUUGCUUCAGUGAUACUUGCUUCUGGUUCUUCUGUUCUUAACGAAAUAUCAUCCACAAAAGCCCUGAUCUUAAAAACCACUUUUCCCAAUGUUAUUCCUAUGAUCUCUUUGUCUUUCCUUAUUUCCGACAACAAUAUUUCUAACAUCAAUAUAAAAAGGAUGUCAGGAAUUCCUCUAGAUUCCUCUCCCCACCUCCGCAACUGGACAGUUAGCCUAGAGAGAGAAAGAGAAUUUUGAUAAACCACAGCUACUCCCUCUUCCCAACCUUCAAGUCUGCCCUGAUGCUGCCCUGAGUAUCCAGGUGGAAACAAGUGGGUAAGGCCCCUGGGGUUCAGAUAAGGCUUGUGAAGGAACAUGCAUCUUUUGUCUAUUCCCUCAAAUAAAAGGUUCUUCACUGUGCUCCCUUUUCCAGCUAUGCCCCCCCCCCAGGUAUUUCCUGUAGCAUCAUGAAGUGGUUGAAGAGUUAAUGUUGCUCUUCUUUUAAUCUUUUUGAGCUUCCUAGAUGAAUAUAUGUUAUCAUGUGGCCACAGAAAUGAACUUAACAAAAAUAAUUGAAAUCUGCACAGGCAUACAAGUUUGUUCCUCUUAAAUUCUUUUUCUUUUUCUCUUCUUCCUCUGGCUUGACUGAAAGACAUCCUUACUAGAAACUUGAAAGAUGGCUGGAUUAUAUUUUCAAAUUCGUUCUAUCUGUUUUCUGCUGAGCUACGCUCAUGGAUGGAUUCCCAAAAAAAGUGUGAGAGGGAAGGCGCCAAGCUCAUUUCUAUAGAAACAGAGGAAGAACAGGUGAGCAUCAAAGCCAAGUAUUGAAAAAGGUAGGGGAUCUCCUUGAGUCAAAGGGAUCCUAUCAUCACUAUCCAAUUAAGAAGUUCCAAUACACCUAUAUGCAGCCAGGACAGCAACUCCAUCAGUCAAGCCAAGAGGUGGGUGGGGCAGGGACCAGCUGCUACCAUCUGGGGCUAACUAAGGUUUCUUGGUGCUGCUGAACUCUAAUAGAAUGAAGCUGGUAGUCAGGAAGGAGGUCUUGAAGGAGGAGUAGAUACUUGAGGGAAAUCGUGUAGAUUCUUCCUCUGCUCUUUGAGAUGUACUGAGUGCUUAGAAAAAAGGCUUCCCUCACCACCCUAGCCCUCUGGCAUGAGAGUAUCAUGGAGAUGACUCUAGAGGAGCUUGCAAGGUAUAUCCCUCUCCCAGCCCCUUAGCCCAGGAAGAGGCUACUAGGGUGCUGUAGGGCACAGACAUAGGUGAGACCCCAUCAUCAACCCAUCAAGCAUACCACAACCAGACUGAUUCCAGUAGCUCUGGAACCAGCAAACAAGCAUGGAUACAGAAAUUGAAGUAUUUGCUAUACAGGUCAAUGUCCAACUGUUCUAUGGCAAAGUCAUUUAUAGUAUCUGGAAAUUUUAACUCUGUGUCAUGACUGAAACACAUAUGUAGCCAGUCUCGGUGAGGGCAGGUGAAGUUCCUCUUCACUACAAUAUUUCCUCUUUGGGAUACUUCAUUGAUUCCAUCAUCCAUCAUCAUCAUCAUAAUUUGGAUCAGGGGGACAAUAGUGCAUAUACCAUACUUGGAAUAUUAUGUAUAAUUUUGAUCACUGUUUCCCCUCAAAAAUAUGGAUUGGACCUUCAGUGGUGACACCUGCUCCUUUUGAAAUGUGUUUGUUUUAUGCCUGUUCAAUGUCUGCAAAGGACUAUAGUCUCCCAGAGAAAGGGACAUUGUCUGGGGAUGCUCCUCAUUCAUAGGGAUGAUUUUCUGUUUUUUUCUUUCCACUCCUACUCUAGUUUUUUAUAAACCAUCAAGUAAAAAUUCGUAGAAAGUUUUUUUGGACUGGACUCUUUAAAGACAAGGAAGCGGUUUGGAAAUGGCUAUCAGGGAAACUACCUGAAUUCCAGUAAGUUUUUGAAGCAACAUUUGUUAAUGGCAUAAAUUCCCAAAACUUGCAGAUUCUGUUUACAUAAUUGAUCCUUUCCCUCUCCAAAUAUAUUUUGUCAUGUAAUUUUCUCUACUACCAAAGACCUACAUAUGUACUCCUCCACGUCACUGUCCAGGUGAGUGACUGCUGCUUCUCACUAGUUUGGAGAUGCAGGAAGGCUACUCUUUCUGCUUCUCUAACCUAAUGAAUGUGGUGAUUCGGAAGAGGCUGAAGGCAUCCUUAUAAAUGGUUUGUGCUGAUCAGCUCAGCUUCAAAAGGACUAACAAGAACCUAAAGCUGAGCUACCCUCUCUUUAGGAAAGUAUUUCUACAGUUAUCUGCUAGACAAUCUGAAUAACCAGCAAUCUCAAACCUAAAAUAAUAAGAGCAGAUGAAGUAAGUGUGUAAGAUAGGGUAGAUGAAUCUCACUCUCUUGUAUAUAAUCAUAGACACAUAGAAAUUUAGAGUUGGAUGAGACACCGAUGGUCAUCUAUUCCAACCCCUACAAAGGUGGAAUCACAACUGAAGAAGCCCUGGCAGAUUCCUAAUAGUUUUUGCUGUCAGCUGGCAGUUUAAGACAGUUCAUGGUUCCCUUUAAGUAUCUAACAAUUCUUUUCAAGCUGUGUUGAUGGAUGUACAAGGUCAGAGUAAAUUCCCACGCAUCCACAGCUUGGUAUUAGAACAGUGAACUGGUCUGGUAUUUGUUACCAAGACUGGAUUAACAGAGGGCUGCUUUAAAUUUUACAAGUUCUCCUGGAACAAAAUCCAAUGACAUUCAUCUCCAUUGAUGCGCCCAAUACCAACCACUAAUCCUUUUUGGCAAAGGUAUUGAGUAAACUGUCAUGGCCUAAAAUUUGCCGCUGUUUCUUUAAUACAAAAGGAACUGAGUCGGCAUGAGUCAGAAGCCUACAAUGAAUCGGCAAAGCCUGCAUGACUCAUGCAACCUUUCACCUACAUAUGCCUGUACAUAUGGAGUGGUCAUUGAUUGUAUGUGGAUUGGUUGGAUGGUAGAAAGUUGGCUGAGUUUGGUGUGUAUAAAAGAUUUCGGUCGUUGUUGGAGAAGACUUUUUUUAAGAAUAAAAGCAGAAUUCUGCAAAUAUACUCUUUUGUGCCAACAAGGGUCUGAGGACCAGGUGAAGGAGUCAAAGGAAGUCAGAACCUUUUCUUUUUCAAACACUGACGUAAACUUUACAAAUGGGCAGGGAGCUUGUAUAAUACUUGCUGGGAACUUAAACCCUGUAUGCCAGUGGUUCCCAGUUAGCUAAGUACUGCAGACCCCUUGUUUUUCAAAAGCCAAACCAUGGGCCACCUUACCUUUGAACAUUUUGAUAUCUCUGCAGCAGUUUUUGUUAUGUGAAUGGCAUCAUGGAGUCCACCAAUUGGGGACCAAUGCUAUAUGUGAUCUUAGAAUUGAUCAAAGGUCAGAUCCAACCCAAACAUGUCAUGGGAGUUUUUAAAAAACCUAUUAAACCAUUAUUAUUAACAACAAUUUAAAAGGUUCCUGGAGAGCUAAAAAUGAGGGACUUAUAGAAUACAUUUACAACAGAAUUUUAGAUCUGUGUGGUGGGACUUGAUUCAGUAUACAAUGGACACUGGAGAAUGCAAGGCUUUACUAGAAGUGAUAAUAAGUGGGGGCUAGCGUGAUAUUUUUAUCAACUAUGGAUAAUUGAUUAAACAUAGAACCAGCACGUAAGAUUUAGAUAAGAUAUAUGUGAGAGAUAUCAUAUCAUUUCAAUCAAUCAACUCCAUAAUGGCUUUGUGGUUAUAGAUUAUAUUUUGUAUUUCAGUUGUAGACUUAGCUAUUUUUGUUUCUGUGUAGUGUAGUGUAGUGUAGUGUAGUGUAGUGUACUGUAACCCGAAGUGCUUGUAACCAGAGGUGUUUGUAACCCGAGGUACAACUGUAUGGAUAAUUGAUUAGAAAAAACUUAGAACCUUCAUGUUAGAUUUUGAUAAGAUAUAUAUGAGAGAGUUAUCAUACCAUUUCAAUCAACCCUAUAAUGGCUUUGUGGUUAUAGAUUAUAUUUUGUAUUUCAGUUGUAGACUUAGCUAUUUUUGUUUCUGUCAUUGCUAUUCUCAUGCAUGGGGUGGGUGAUGGAUGUGAGAUGAGGUGGAUGAAGGCGGAUGCAAAUCUAACAAGGUUUUAACAUGCUCAGAACAAUCACUACUGGGCUAACUCUGCUAUGAGAGAGUAAGGAUCUCUCUUCCAAAACCCUCUCUCCAAAACCCACAAUGAUAAAAAGCAGAUCUGAGGAGGAUGUGGGUGCAUAUGGAGAGGAGAGAGGGGCAGUUCUGUUGCAGAAAUGGAAAUCCUGGCAAUAGCAGAAGUACUGCACUGGAUACGGCCCAAAAUUGUUAAAUAAAUUGAAUGCAAGUUCUUGUGUGUAACAGAGCCUUCCAAAGGGAGACCUCAUUAUUUUUUUUAUUUUUUUUGUAGUUUCCUAAGAGAAAUUAUUUCAUAUAAGAAGAAGAAAGACAGUCUUGACCCACAGUUCUUCUCCUUCUUCUUCUUUUACAUGUUUAGAAUUGGGGAGAAAAAUCCAUCACAAUUAUGGGUAGAUGUUAAGAGAGAAAGAGAUGAACAUUUUUUUAAUGGUAGAAGGCACGGGGAGUGGGUGAGGAAGUAAACAUCCAAUCUUGAUUUGUCAGUGCUGCUGUUUCUUUUCUUUUCAGUUACUGGAAUUUAUAUUCGCCACAUUAUGAAUUGAACCAUGACUGCACUGCAAUGACCUUUGAUUGCAUUGAUGGUUGCUGGAUGGCAUUAGAAUGUCAUCUACAAAUGCCGUAUAUUUGUAAGAAGGUGCCAGAUGAUGCUUGGCUCUAAGAAGACACCUUAAGAUGAACGAAACUGGAUCCCAUGAUCUCUACACAAAAGCAAAACCAAGAGAUCACUUCCACCCCAAUGUUUUAAUGCACAAUCCACACUCUGCCAUCUAGAUUAUGGGACUCUUUGGCAUCAGCCCUCAAAAACACCUUGAAAAGACCUUAUUCUGCAAGAUCAGACAUAGAUGGCUACAAAAAUAGAGAAUGGAAGGGUCCAGUCAUAGCCUGUUUUCUGUUUAAUGCAUUUAUUUGCAAUGCAUACCAAUAUUUGUUUCCUUACUCUGUGUGUUUGAUGCCCCAUUGCCCCUUCUGAUUUCCAUCGCCAAUACCUUACAAGGCACAUAAGGACAACCCUGCAUGCCAGGCAAUGAGCAUGGGGGCCACCUAACGUUUGGUGGGCCGACUAUGCCCAGGAAAAAGGCCUCUGGUUUCUUCAAGAAGGUAUAUUUAAAUACCUUUUUCAGUUCAUUAUAAAUCAUUUCCCAGAAAGCCUUAAUCCUUGGGCACGUCCACCAAAGGUGAAAGAAUGUACCUUCAGUUUCUUUACAUUUCCAACAUUUGUUAUCGGGCAAAUGAUAAAUUUUUGCAAGCUUGACUGGGGUCAUGUACCACCUGUAUAUCAUUUUCAUAAUAUUCUCUCUUAAAGCAUUACAUGCUGUAAACUUCAUACCUGUGGUCCACAACUGUUCCCAGUCAGCAAACAUAAUGUUAUGUCCAAAAUCUUGUGCCCAUUUAAUCAUAGCAGAUUUCACCGUUUCAUCCUGAGUAUUCCAUUUCAACAGCAAGUUAUACAUCUUUGACAAAAUCUUAGUUUUGGGUUCUAACAGUUCUGUUUCUAAUUUUGAUUUUUCCACCUGGAAGCCAAUUUUCUUGUCCAAAUUAUAUGCCUCCAUUAUCUGAUAAUAAUGAAGCCAGUCUCGCACUUUAUUUUUAGUUUCUCAAAACUCUGCAGUUUCAGUCUAUCUCCAUCUUGUUCCAAAAUUUCCCAAUAUUUCAGCCAAUUGGCCUCCAUAUUGAGCCUUUUCAGAGCUUUCGCUUCCAUCGGUGACGGCCACCUUGGGGUUUUGUUUUCCAAUAAAUCCUUGUAUCUUAUCCAAACAUUAAACAAUGCUUUCCUGACAGUAUGGUUUUUAAAUGCUUUAUGUGCUUUGACCUUGUCAUACCACAGAUAUGCAUGCCAUCCAAAUACAUUGUUAAAACCUUCUAAGUCCAAAAUGUCUGUGUUUUCAAGAAGUAGCCAUUCUUUCAACCAGCAAAAAGCUGCUGAUUCAUAGUAAAGUUUAAAGUCUGGCAGGGCAAAUCCACCCCUUUCCUUUGCAUCAGUUAAUAUCUUAAAUUUUAUUCUGGGCUUCUUGCCCUGCCAGACAAAUCUAGAAAUAUCUCUCUGCCACUUCUUGAAACAAUCCAUCUUGUCCACAAUUUGCAAUGUUUGAAACAAAAACAGCAUUCUAGGCAAUACAUUCAUUUUUAUCACAGCAAUACGACCCAACAGUGAAAGCUUCAAAUUUGACCAAAUUUCUAAAUCUUUUUCACUUCCGUCCAACAUUUUUCAUAAUUAUCUUUAAAUAAGUUCCCAUUUUUGGCUGUCAUAUUAAUCCCCAGGUAUUUCACUUUCUUAACCAGAGUCAAACCUGUCUCAUUCUGAAACCUCUCUCUUUCAAUCGGUGUUAAAUUUUUCUCUAAAACCUUAGUUUUUAACUUGUUCAGUUUAAAUCCUGCCACUUGACCAAAUUCUUGAAUUAGUUCUAAAACCCUUUUAGUACUAGAUUCUGGCUCCUGUAACGUCAAUACUAAGUCAUCUGCAAAUGCUCUCAGUUUGUACUGUUUGGCUCCGACCUGUAUACCUUUAACCAACCGGUCCCUUCUAAUCAUAUUCAGCAAAACCUCCAGGACCGAUAUAAAAAGCAGUGGGGAGAUUGGGCACCCCUGUCGUGUCCCUUUUUCUAUCUUAAAUUCUUCCAUCACCAGAUUAUUUACAAUUAAUUUAGCCUUUUGUUCAGAGUAUAUUGCAUCUAUACCAUUUUCAAAACCUUGGCCUACCCCCAUACCCUGUAGGUUCUUCUUCAUAAAACUCCAAGAGAUGUUGUCAAAGGCUUUCUCCGCGUCCACAAAUAUCAGAACUGCUUUAGUAUUUAUAUUCACUUCUAAUUUUUCCAAAAUAUCAAUUAUAUUCCUCAAAUUAUCAGACAAGUGUCUUCCCGGGAGAAAGCCCGCUUGAUCUUUAUGAAUCUCUUCCAUCAAUACUUUUUUCAAUCUCUUGGCCAAAAUGUCUGCAAAAAUUUUGUAAUCCACAUUAAGUAACGAUAUAGGGCGGUAGUUCUUAAGCUGAGUCUUUUCAGUCUCUGUUUUCAGUAUAAGUGUAAUGUACGCCUCUUUCCACGACUCUGGUGCCCUUUUCCCUUCCAAUAUUUCAUUGCAGACUUCCUUCAAAGGUUGUAAUAGCCACUCUUUCAAAGAUCUAUAAUAUCUAGAAGUCAGCCCAUCCGGUCCUGGAGAUUUGCCCAAUUGCAUAUUUUGAAUGGCACCUUCUACUUCCUGUUCAGAUAUUUUAUAGUUCAACAUUAGUUUGCUUUCUUGGGAGAUUUUUUGUAAUCCAUUUGUCUUCAAAAAUCGGUCUAUAUCCAUUUCUUUCUGUGGCCCUUGUGUGUAUAAUUGGUUAAAAUGCCUCUGGAAACAGUUUUUAAUCUCGAUUGGGUUAUGUAUAUUCUUUCCUUCCACUUCUAAGUUUGUAAUAGUAUUUAAUUUUUGUCUUUUUUUCAUUUGCCAGGCCAACAAUUUCCCACAUUUGUUAGCUGAUUCAAAUGUUUUUUGUCUCAUUUGUUUAAUUUUCCAUUCUAUUUCCUGAUUCAUCAUUUCCAUAUAUUGUACUUGGUAUAAUUUUAUUUCUCUCAAAAUCUCCUGCGACUUUGGUUUUGCUCUCAGUUUCUUCUCACUUUCUUUUAUUUUCUCCAAAAUUUUAUCUUUCUUCUCAUUUUGACUUCUCUUCUUUAUUGCAUUCUGUUGUAUCAGAAACCCUCUCAUGACAGCUUUGCUUGCAUCCCAGAUUACUCUUUUUUCUACAUUGGUGUUCAUAUUUAUUUCAAAAUAGUCUCUCAAAGUUUUUUGGGCCUUUUUAUACACUUCUUCAUCUCUAAAUAAGGUGUCAUUCAUCCUCCAUCUGAAGGAGCCAGUUGAUAUUUGUUUCAUCUCCAUCCUUACAGCGUUAUGGUCGGAGCAAGUUUUUGGGCAGAUUUCCACUUUCUUUAUCUUUGGUGCCAUUCCUCUAGUUACCCAUAUUUGGUCAAUUCUAGUCCAUGUCAUCUUGGCUUCAGAGAAGAAGGUUCCCUCUCUUCCCAAUGGGUUCUUUACUCUCCAAAUGUCCACUAAAUCCCUAUUGUCUGUCAUCUCAAAAAAUGUUUUCGGUAGUCUACCAUCCUUGGUAACUACCUGUCUUUGUGCCUUGUCCAUGUUUGUAGAUACUACUCCAUUCAUGUCCCCCAUCAAAAUCAGAUUGUAAUCCAAAUAGUCCAAUAAGAUCUCAUGCAACUUUUUAAAGAAUUCAGAUUUCCCCUCAUUCGGUGCAUAAAUUCCUACGAUCAAAAAUUUCUCUCCUUGAACUUGAAUUUCGAUUGCCAAAAAUCUUCCUUGUUCAUCUUUAAAAAUUAAUUUCGGUAAUAAUCUCUCCUUUCCAUAUAUCACAACUCCUCUUUUUUUAACUUUGUCAGAUGAGAUAAACUCCUGUCCCAAUCUUUUAUUAAUCAGUAGUUUCCUGUGUAGCCUUGUUACAUGUGUUUCUUGUUAUCAAAUCAAGUCCAAUUGUUCCUUUUUUAGUAAAUGAAAAACACUUUUUCUCUUUUGAGGAGAGUUCAAACCAUUACAAUUCCAACUUAACAGUUGCAGAGCCAUGAUGGGGUUACUUCACUUUGCCUCCAACUGCGCCAAGUGUCUGUUCUUGUUCUGUCGAUGGUGUCUCUUUCUCUGGACCGUGCAAUCCAAAAGAUAAGUUUGCUAUGUCUAGUAUUCCUUUUUCCAGUGCUUUUGGCUCUUCUCCGGAUUCCGCUUCUUUCUGUAGAUCUUCUUCGUAAUCUUUCAAAAACCUAUCUUUAUCGUUGACUGAUCUUAUUUUUAUCUUUCUUCCUUUGUAUUUAAAGGAUAGGCCUUGAGGAAAUUCCCACCUAAAGAUAAUUCUAUUUCUUCUCAACAGGGCAACUAGGUCUCCGUAGUUAAGCCUUAAGUCCAAAAGAUGUUUUGGAAUAUCCUUAAAUAUCUCCACACUUGAGUCGUAAAUUUCCAAAGUCUUUUGAUAGUGCAGAUUCAAAAUUUUGUCUCUCUCCUCUUUUGUUCAAAGAGUAAUCAAGCAGUCCCUCACCUUGUUCCUCCUUUGUCCUCUUCCAAGUCUAAAUGCAUUCACUAUCUUAAAUUCUUCCUUCCCCAAAUCCUGUUGCCAAAAAUCUGUAAAUUCCUGUGUAAGAAAUUCAGCCAAAUUAUCUUUCUCACGUUCUGGUACAGCCCUGAUUCUUAGAUUCCUUUGUUUCUCUUUCAAUUCAAUCAUAGACAGUGUCAAACCGUGGUCCUCCAAUUGCUUGUAUACCAGUGGUAUCUUCUCUUGAGUAGCAGUUGCUAUAUCUUUUGCUUCUUCAGCUAUCUUUCGGGUCGAAGCAGAUUCCUGUAAUAAUUUUUCAAUAGACUCUGUAUUGGUAUUCACCUUCUGUCCCAAAUUAUUAAUGCUUGUUGUAUUCAGGUCAAUUUUAACUGAUGCUUCAGCUACUUGUUUAUUUGUCUCAGCUACCUGCUUAGCUAAAUUUUCCAAAGAUUCAUUAAUUUUUCCAAGUGCAUGUGCCAAAACGUCUUCGGACGACAUUACUUUUGGUUUGACCUGUGGAGGAGCAGCCCCUGAUGUUCCAGAUGCUCCAGAUGUUGAAGCCCUUCGCUGCUGUGCAGUGUCUGUCCAAUAGGGUCUGCCAGACCUAGUAGUUUUUUCCUGCGCCAGCUCUAACUUUCCUCUCCCAUCUGCCAUAGCACUCUCAUGAGAAUUCAAGGUCGAUCCCACAGUUGAAAGUUUGUUUUGGAAUGGAAUUUUCCUCUAACCCAGUUGUUAUUGUAGCAAUGUCGAACCUCCUCUAGGGGGACACAGUAACAGCCAAAGCUUGCAACUUUUAGAAACAAAAAUGGUCCUUAUAAGUCCCCCAAUUCACCUAAAAACAACAGUUUCAGUUGCACUUAAACAGUUACUUUAGAACCAGGAGAAGUCCAGAAACACUGUAUCUCUUUAGCAGAGUUAGCUGUCAAAAGUCCUCUGCUUACAGAUAGGCUUUUCACAGAGCGGCAUUCAUCUCAGGGCAGUCCGUUCCCAGGUUUUAGACGGUGGAUUUUAACUUCCUUUUCCCUUAUUUUUUUGCAGAUUAGUACAGCUCAAACCUUUCCCCCCUCCUCUCCUGCAAUCCGGAGGGGAGAUCGUUUUUCUGAUGUUGCGAUUUCAGUCUUUUUCAAACGUCUUUCCCAGUUUCCGCUUACAGUCUCUUUGCUUUGAUCUAUCUACAAGAAAGGAAGGCAGACUUCCUGUUUGUACCUUCCCGCUUCGGUGCCGAAUUAGCUUAUUAUUUCCUUUAAAUCCAAUUUAAUCCUACUCAUGGGUAGUUGCUUUCAACGUCGAAUUGUCCCAGGAAAAAGUCAGCGCUCUCCGAUAACGGCUAUGCAGCUUCACUCCGCGGAAGAAGCAGUCGACUCUCAGCACUGCGCCACUCACCCCGUCUCGCUCCCGAACCUUUAAAAAGGGUCCUUUCACGACUUGGGGGGGGCGCAAAAGGUGCCCGCCGAGUCCCCACGUUCACAGGCUUCACCCGCCUGUGAUUUUUAAAGGGCCCCCGCUUCGCCGCAGCGGUAGGACCCGAUCCCGCGGAGCUAGUCCCUCAGAGACUCAGAGGGAAUCCGCCAUUAUAGAUGGCGCCGACCCGGAAGUCCCAUAAAUGGGAGGAGUUUUGGAACGCCUGACAUCACAAGGGAGGUGGUUCUUAGCCAGUGGGAGGAUGAAAUUAGAGAAAAGAUUGUUCCAUGACAACACCAAGGUAUCCAAACAGAAAGAGGUCUGAGGGGUGUAACACUUUCCUUACAAGCUAUGAUAAUUGCAGGGAUUUAUUCCAGGGCCAAAAGGUCACUAAGAGGCUAAAUGAUAAGGAGCUUUUAUAAACUACAGAUGGUUUUUCUCUUUUAAAUACUAGAACUUAGGGUCAUCCAAUGAAACUGGGUGGUGGUACAUUAUAAGGAUGUGCACAGGUGCUGUCUUGCCAGUGCCCCAUAAUGGCUGUUUGGCCCAUAGCAACCACCAGGCAAGCAAGAGGUUCUUUGGAUUCCCCUGGACAGAGAAUUGACAGACUCUUAGGUAGAGACAAACUUUUAAUAAUUGGUUAACAUUAGCAAAGAAAUUAAUCAGCAACGUAGAAUAGAGUCUAAUAUAAAGCCAACAGCAACUGGAAAUACGUACAAAGCUAGCAAUAUAACCAAUAAGCAAAAUAUCUUAGGCAAAAAUAAUCAUUAUACAGAUAGCAUAGGUUCAGUCACCCCAGCCAAUGGAGAUCUGUAAGGAUUAUCUGGGACACUUCAGACUGGCAGGUGGUCAUUCUCUUCACAUUCUGGAAUGGAGAAUAGAACAAUGUAUCAAGAUCUCCCUGUCUCCUUCAGCUGCUGGCCCUUAUAUAGUCCAUAGUGUAGGUCUCCUGACAAGCUGGCGACAGAUGUAAUUCAUGAUGUAAUUCCAUUCCCAUCCAUUGAUCUGGCCUGGGAGUCGACGCACGUGGGCAUGAGAGCCUUCAUUUGCAUUCUUUAUCUCUGUGGUUCGGUCAAAGUAAGGUUACUUUCCUUGUUCCCAGACAACUGCUUCCUCCUUCCUUCCCCUAUGCAGUCAAGUGUUUGAUAGCUGGCCAAGCCAUGAAGUUGCUUUCGCUUCUUCUCCAACAGCCAGGUUCCUUAUAUUAAAGCUCCAGCUACAUUGCAAACCAGGAGCACCACAUUCUGUUUUAUUCCCUGGCAAUACAGGUGCCCUGCUCUGAUUCAUGGGCCCAAUUUAUUUAUCCAGAUCCAGAUCAUGAUCCAGAAAAUAUAAGGCUUCGGAUAACCCAUUUACAAGCAUAUCAAGGGCUGCUAGUUCAGAUGGCUUUGAAACCGGAUUAGACAACAGCCGCCUUCUUUCUUUCUUUUAGCCACAGCAUCAGAUGUCAGGCUGGGUCUUUGCAAAAAGAAAACAAAAUGGCACACUUGGGGAGCCUGGGUAACAGCUUCCCCUCUACUUCUUUUCCAGGUCCAACUCAUGCUCUCCAAAGUCUUGUUAGACUCAAUUGGAUUUACAUGCAUCCAACUGAGACCAGAUCUAGUACUCCAUCUUUUCUGAUGAUCAGAAGGCAGUUAUAUAAUUAAAUGCAUACACCUUCCAUCAAGGAUGGGGAGCAUGUUAUUGGUCUACAACUUCUGUCAUCCCCAACCAUUGACCAUGAUGCCUGUGACGGAGGGAAUUGGCACCCAGGAACAUCUGAAGACCUCAAAUGAUAAUGAUAAUGAUAACAAUUUACUAUUUAUACCCCGCCCAUCUGGCUGGGUUUCCCCAGCAACUUUCUGGGCGGAUGCCAGCAGAUUAAAAACAAAAUAAACAAAAUAAAACACCACACAUUAAAAACUUCCCUAAUAGAUCCCACACUAUCUAUUAAAUGGUGAACAUCUUACUGGAGCCCUGUAAACUAGAUGUCCAGGAGUUUAGAGAGGAAUAGGAUGCAAAAUGAGAAUGUGCUAUAUUACUUAAACCAUUUUUAAAAAUGCCUUGGAAUCCAUAUGGAACAUCUCUUUUGGUUUAAAACUGAGAUUGAUCCAACGAAAGGAAAAGAGAAAGACGUUUCGGUUAUAUUGGACACAACAAUGUAUUUAUGGGAAAGGAUGGUCUAAUACUGAUAGAGGCUGCUUUCUACCUAAUGUGCUCAUAGUCUUAUUCUCCAUUUGUUUUUAUCUGAUUCUAGAUUGUUGCUUCACAGACAAAACUGAGAGGAUGGGGAAGCCAGCACCCGCAAAGCCUGCAAAGCCCAAAAAACCCACAAAGCCUACAGCACCAGCGAAGGCAGAACAACCUGCAACCAUAACUGAUGGUCUGUAUACAGCACAGUCAUAUGGGCUGAGGUUUCUCAUAAAGUAGAGGAAUGCACAAGAAAUGCAAAGCUUCCGUCUACUUCUUUUCCAGGUCCAACUCAUGGUCUCCAAAGUGGUGGUGGUGGUAGUUAUAAAUUUAUUUAGUUUUUCAAAUUAAAAUUUUACAAUCACAUAUGCAGCACUAUUAUGAAUAGGAAAAGAGUGCUGGAGAUACUUAACCAAGACAUAAGAAUGGAUCAAGACUUGCCUCCUCCCCUUUGUGGGUCCUAUUAUUAGUCAUGGAUGGUCUAAUACUGAUAGACUCCAAAGUGUAAUGUUGGAAAUGCCUCAUUGAGACAUAUUUUUGGCCUGAUGUUUUUGACCAUUUCAACUUUAUUCCAAGAAAUCCUUGAAAUUUGUAGAUGUGCAUCUACUUUAAAAAUUAUGUUUCUGUAAUAGGGAGAUUAAGUGCAGGACAACAAAAGUGAAUUCUGUGAACUUUCAUGCUUUACAAGAGACUUAUACUCCAACAAAUGUGUUCAUAGUCUUAUUCUCCAUGUUAAAAUGGCUUGCUGUUUCACAGACAAAACUAAGAGGAUGGAGAAGCCAAGACCUGCAAAGAGAGCAGAGUCCAUAAAUAAUGAAGCAUCCAGAAAGGAUUCAGCAGAAGCAGCAGCAAAUGAAACUGAUAGUCUGUAUCACAGUCAUAUUGGACGAGGUCUCUCAUAAAGUAGAGGAAUGCAUGGGAAAGGGAAGUUGAUGGAGAGACAGGCAGGGAGUGGACCCAGUCAUAUUGUGCCAGGGAGGAGUGCAGAGAAAAGCACACACAGCUCUUUGGGUGCCAGAGAUCCACGAAGCCCCAUAGAAACCCCAGGAUUCAGCCCACUCUUUGCUGCUGGCUGUGGUGUUCCUUUACUGUAUGGAGUCCAGAAUGGCUCUACCAUUAGGCAGAAUGAGGCAAUUGUCGCAGGUAGCAGGUGCUGGGGUGGGCAGAGAUGGGUAGACCACACAAGCUGCUCUGCACCUCCUCAGUUACUCUGCUGUCCCAUCAGCAGUAUCAAAAUAAGAGCCAAUGGUCAGUCCAGCUCAACUUCUGUAUGUGGCAUUAUGUGUACAGGGGGAGCAUCUUGUCAUUUGUUUGGGGAGCAGAAAGUCAUUUAGUAUCAGACACUACUGUUUUCUGAUCCAGACAUUGGUCAGAAAAGUUUCCUCAAGCAGCAAGGCUUCUCGCUUUGCUUCCUCCACCUGCUUACCCACCCAGAUUACCACCCCAUGAACCAUGGACUGUCUCUGGCUGAUGGCUGCCACAGCAUAUGGAACCCCUUUUCCUGGGCUGGGAAUGGUAUGUUGGUUACUGAUGGUUAAAGCAGAAUUUUCUUUCUUCAAGCAUCUGGUUUUCAGAACGUGGUUGCUUUCAUCACAUCUCCAACGGGUGAAAGAUUUGUUGUACUUGAGAUUUUCAUCCUCACUGCCAUGACACUGCUGAUUUUCCUUCUAUGUAAGUAUAUAAUUAGCAUACUUUGCAACUAAUGUCACGGGCGUUCCUUCAAUGCCAACAGCAUUUCCAAAAAGAGAUGGCAGGAUCCACCUUCCAUUUAUCCCUUUGAUCCCUCUUUGAUUUCAUGGAGGGAGUUACAGCUGUCACCCAUUGAAAGCAAUGUCACUGUUUUGUUCUCCCUGAAUAAGUGAGUUCCAGCACUUCGAACAGAAGCAUAGGCUAACACAAGUCCCUGGAACACCCUGGACAAUUCCCUUUCCCAAUUGCAAUUCUCUGCUCCUUUCCCAAGUAAUCCUCAUUUGCUGGGGGAGAGCCCCCAUUCCUGAUCCUCUCCACCCUGCCCUCUGCUAGGGCUCCAGUCCCUUGAAGGAAAAUGCUUGGGGGAAACAGGCUGCAAAGGAAAAGGCCAUGGCCAAAGUGGGUGGGUCCAGAGCCUACGUAAAUAUCUAGAUAUAUGCAAGGCUUUUUUCAGCCGAAAUUCAUCAGGACUCAGUUCCAGGCCCUCUCAGGUGGGCUCCGUUGCCAAUCUAAGAGAACAAGGGAGGCAUUCAUGCUGAGUUCCAGUGCCUGUUUUUCUAGAAAAAUAGCAUUGGAUAGAUGAAGAAAUGGCCUGUUUGCAUAGCUAAUUCAUUUUUAAAGGGCACUCCAAAGUAAGCAAAGCUCAGGGGGGAGGAAACCAAAUGAUCCAAGAAUUUACAUAUUUUGAGCAUACGGCAGGGCAUGAGGGAGCUUGGCAAAUGCAAGUGUGUAGGACAAAGAGGACAGGUGCAUCUAGACAACCAAAAAUCUAAAGCUCUCAAAGGAAGGCCAACCAUCUGAUGACAGAAGGAACAGGUCAAAUGGAAACAGGACUUCAGAGCGCCAGGGCAGCCACAAUCAAGGCAUAGGAAACCAAUAUAAGGGCUGGGAGCAGAAAAUAUAAAAAGUAUUAAAAGCAGUUUGGAACCAAAUAUCCCCUCCCCUAGCUCAUCAGACUAGUAAGCUAGAACACAAUUUCUUCAUAUUUUUUUCUACCUACCUCCUCCUUAGAUCAGAAAGAAAUGAAAAAGAGAGAGGAGAUUCAGGAGGCAAUGAAUAUGAUUCGAAACUUUGUUGUUGGAAUUGAACCAUUCUAUCUGGACAAGGAUGGUAAGCAUUUUAUUUCCACAUCCUCACUUUUGCUAGAACAUGUUUAAUUUAUAGAGACUGCAAUUCCUGUAGUUCAAUUUGGGAUUCGUAUUUUGUGAGCAAUACAUAUAUUCAGUGAAACUCAUCACUUUUUUUUCAUUGCUCAGCAGGAAGAAAAGCAGACGGUUGUGAUUCUCACAUCUCCCCACUAGAAUUGCUGUCCUUCCCCAUCAAACUGUAAUUCACAAUGUUUGUGCUUGUGCAAUAUUUGUGCUACUACAAGAUUUUAGCACUGGCACAAGGGAACUGUGUCCCCACUUCUCCCUUCUCUUCUGCCAUCCCCAAAACUGCACUCCAGGGUGGGGAAACACUUUGGGUUCCUGUAUUUUUUGUAUCUCAUGAAGCAUAAUUGAAAACUGCAAAGUAUUCUUUGUAUAUUUGGCUUUACUGUGUGACUCAGUGGGAAAUUUGUUUGUGACUUUGUGAUUCCCAGCAGAAAAGGAGGACAUAGGAGGGGAACAUAAGAGAUACUUCAUGAGUCACUUUCAAUAUCAUCUUCAUCAUAAUUUUUUAUUUGUAUGCCGCCUUUCCACAGUUAAAAAACAAUUCUCAAGCAGCAUAAUGCUCAAUGCUUACAGCAUAACAAGAUUUACAUAAUUAAAAAAGUCAUAAACAAAUAAACCACAUAAAAAAUACACAACCAAAUGGGAAACAAUUUCCACAUAAAUCAAACUCUAAAACUAAGAAUAUAGCAUUAAUAUCACAGUUUAAAAUGACAUAGGUAAAAAAUAACAGCAGUUUAAACAUAAAAACAAAAUGGAGUCCUCUCUGCCCAGCAGCAGCAGAGGCAGCCGUCCUUUAGAGAGCUUAUCAGACCCUGCCCUAGACCAGGAGGUGCGUGGCAGGACUCAGGAGCUGUGAUUAGGAUAGUGGAUUGCAUGGGUGUUUGGUCUGAUCCAGCUGCAGGAUUCUUCUGAGGCUUUUCAUUGGUGAUCUCAGCCACGGAGAAUCAAGUCUGCCCUCAUAUUCAUAAGAACCCCAUCCUGGAGCUCUGCUUCUUGUUUGAGGCUAGAUUGUUUUAAAAUGUUUGAAAAUGGUUUCUUAAUAUUCACAGAUUGUUAUUUCAGAUACUCCUGCCUUAAACUGUUUCACACCUUUAGACUUCCAAAUACUCGCUGCAGCUCAAAACUUAUCAGAUAAAGUGCGGUAUCUUGAAAACAGGAAUGAUGAACUGCAAAAGGAAAUUGGUAAGCUACCCUAUGAUGCUGAAGAAUUGUAGCACAGUGAGAACCUGCCCUGAGUCUGCACCAGUUGAAUGUCCCUCCUCUAGCUGAAUACUCCUAGAGCCAGAGCAGAGUGCUGCCCUCCUUUGCACCCAGCCACCCUAGGGAAACAUCAGAGAUAUUCAGUUCAGCUCUCCUGAUCUGCUGAAUUGAUUUAGCUUCUAUGGUGAGGAAAGAAAAGACUUCGUUAUUUUUGCUGUAGCAGAGACAAUCAAAACAGCUCAGCUAAAAGACCUGUCCUUUAUUAUAUUCACCCAUGGGAGAGGGAUUCUUGAAUAGCACUCCCGAGGCAACUUCCACCAACUUGUUCAGAGAGACUGCUGGGCAGUGGGGUGGUUGGUGCAACAGCAAAAUUUCUCCCCAGUUUCACAAGCCCAUCAUCAGAAAGGAGCCCUCAAGCCCCCUCACAUAGUGAAUUGGCUCAUUGGCAUGUGGGUUAGAAUACCUGUGGACAAUAGCAACCCUCUCUCUACCCACGGGCCUGAUCUGUUGCCACAGCAAGUACUCAGACCGCCAAAGCUAGGUCAGGAUAGGGUCCUCCAUUUAUCUGCACAGGUCUCUAAGGUGGGCUCUCCUUCACUGGAAACAAUUCCUAAAUAGGUAAUGAAUUUUAGGUGGGUUCCCACCAAGCAAGACCCAGUGAUAACAGCAAGAACCUUUUAUUGAACUAACAGAACUGGACAACAGGGGCAAAGCAACUGCUUAUAUACAUUUCUGAAGUCCUGGACCACUGUCACUCUCAAUAUGAUUGGUUGUCUAAACUCCCAAGCUGAGAAUCAUAACUGAGAGUUUAAGGGCCAAUCGCAAUAGCCCAAAUCCUGAAAUGUCCUGUGAUUGGAUAUCAUGUAUCUAAUCAGAACCCAGGGGUUCACAAUCCUUAGUGCAGACUCAAGCUCAGGCAAACACAGACCACUGAAUACAUAACACCCCUCCCUCUUAGGCACAAAACCACACCCCCAUCAACACACAUAGCCAUCAAAGUGGUGAGGGCAGUGCCUCACCCUCUGGGAGUGCUGAAGCUCAUUGCUAAAAACAUGGUGGAGGAAGGGGAAAAAAGAUUUACAACAGAAAACAGAUUUUGUUAUACAUAAAAAAAGGAAAAUAUCUAGGAGUUUUGUUAACAGCUAAGAAUAUUAAUUUAUAUACUGCCAAGAAUGUUGUUCUUAUUUCAAUCAGUCCCGGUGAUAGGCAGUGUUGGAUGCUUUGAGCAAUGGCAAAAUGACAUUUCCAGGUUUAUCUGGCAGGGGAAGAAACCAAGGAUAAAAUAUAAAUUACUAACAGAUGGAAGAAAGAGAGGUAAUUUCUCCUUGCCGGAUCUGAAAUUCUAUUACGAAGCAUCCUGUUUCUGCUGGCUCCAGGAUGCUGGAUCACGCUGAAAAGUGCACACAUUCUAGAUGUAGAUUUAUUAUCUAUUCUAGAUAAUAGAUUUGGAUGGCAUGCUUACAUAUGGUACGAAAAAGCAAAGGUACAUAAAGCAUUUCAGAAUCAUAUAAUAAGAAAAUUGAUUUUCAGCAUAUAGGAAAAAGUAUAAAAAUCUCUAUUUGAGGGGGUGGGACCCCUGGUGGAUUUUCCCUUUGGAAGCAAUAUCUUUGAGAAAAGUGAACAUAAGAGGUAUAGAUACUGCUAACUGAAGUAGAAAAUCGGUUAAAAUUAAAAAAAAAAUUAAGAGAUAAGAGAUGGGCUACUAGCAACAGAUUGGCUACAGUAUUUUCAGUUGAGUGAUAUCUUCAAGAUAGACACAAAGAGAGCUUUUAGUCAUGAGAUAUCAAGAUUCCAAAAAGAACUUUUGGAAAAUAGUACUAAAACAUCUUUCCAAAAUGUAUAACCUGCUCCUAGAAUGGCAUACAAAGGACGAACAGGUUAAAUUGGUUAUGAUAAACUGGGCAAAGGACUUAGGACAUAACAUACAAAUAGCAGAUUGGGAGAGGCUAUGGAAAACAGAUUUGAAAUUCACAGCAUGUUGUACGCUGUAAGAAAAUUAAAUGAAAAUGAUGUAUUGGUGGUAUCCAACUCCUACUAAGUUAUCCAAAAUGGAUAGAACAACCUCUAAAAUUUGUUGGAAAUGUAAAGAGAAGGAGGGUAGCUUUUAUCAUAUGUGGUGGUCAUGCAAGAUAACAAAGUCUUUCUGGGAAUUAAUAAAUAAUGAAUUGGAAAAAAUGUUUAAAGUUACAUUUGUUAGAAAACCAGAAGCAUUUCUGCUAGGAAUCUGUUAGGAAUCACAGGUUCUGAUAUUCCAGAAGACCAGAAAGGACUGUUUAUGUAUGCAACAACUGCUGCAAGGAUGCCACUAGCCUAAAGAUGGAAAGAAGCAACAAUUCCGAGCAAGGAAGAAUCACAAACUAUGCUGGACUAUCCUGAAAAGGCAAAAGUGACUGGCAGACUCAGGAAUCAAAAAGACAGUGACUUUAAAAAAGCUCUCCCCUCGCUGCUAGUUUGUAUCAGCCACAAGGGGCAGGGGCCAGAGUGCAAGUGGUUUUCCUGACCGAUCCAACGAAUUAUUUUAUGAUUUAUAUACAAUUGUGUACAAUUGUGAUUUAAUUUGUUGGAAGCCACCCAGAGUGGCUUGGGGAAACAUAAAUAAGAGAAUAUAGGUAAAGUAUUAUGUUGUUGUUGUUGUUGUUCUAGAGCUUGGCUAAACCUCAGCAGGAGCACCUGUCAUAUCAGCUGGAAUACCCCCCAGAGCCAUUUGGAAGCCCACUGGAUUCAUCCUGUCAGCUCAGGCAGGGAGACUGCUUGGCAGCAAAGUGGGUGGUAAAGCAGCAGAAUCCCUCAUCUGUCCCAGCUGCCCAAUGCCAGGAACCUACAUUCUAGAUUCCCCUCCCCACUCCACAACUCAACAGAGGGCCUGGAGAGAGAAAGAUAAUUUUGAUAAACCACAACUACAGUGGUGCCUCGCAAGACGAAAAGAAUCCGUUCUGUGAGUCUCUUCGUCUAGCGGUUUUUUCGUCUUGCGAAGCAAGCCCAUUGACGGAUUAGCGGAUUAGCGCUAUUAGCGCUAUUAGCGGCUUUUAGCGGCUUUUAGCGGCUUUUAGCGGCUUAUCAGCUUAUCGGAUAAGCAGAUAAGCGGCUUAACGGCUUAGAAAAAGGGGGGGGGAAAGGGGAAAAAAACCGCAGGAACUCGCAAGACAUUUUCGUCUUGCGAAGCAAGCCCAUAGGAGCUUCGUUUUACGAAGCACCUCCAAAACGGAAAACUCUUUCGUCUAGCGAGUUUUCCGUCUUGCGAGGCAUUCGUCUUGCGGGGCACCACUGUACUCCCCCUUCCCAACCUUCAAGUCUGCCCUGAUUCUGCCCUAAGUAUCCAGGUGGAAACAAGUAGGUGAGGUUCUUCUGUGCUCCCUGUUCCACCUAUGCCCACCCAGGUAUUUACUACAGCAUCAACAUGGGUUGAAGAGUUAAUGUUUUUCUUGUUUUAAGAUUUCUGAGCUUCCUAGAUGAAUAUAUGUUAUCAUGUGGUGACAGAAAUGAACUUAACAAAAAUAAUUGAAAUCUGCACAGACGUACAAGGUGGCUCCCCUUAAAUUCCCUAUCUUGUUUUCUUUUUCUCUUCUUCCUCUGGCUUGACUCAAAGACAUCCUUACUAGAAACUUGAAAGAUGGUUGGAUUAUAUUUUCAAGUUCGUUCUAUCUGUUUUCUCCUGAGCUACGCUCAUGGGUGGAUUCCAAAGACAAGUGUGAGAGGGAAGGUGCCCAGCUUGUUUCUGCAGAUACAGAUACAGAAGAAGAACAGGUGAGCAUCAAAGCCGAGUAUCUCCUUGAGUCAAAGGGUUCUUAUCAUCACUAUCCAUUUAAGAAGGUCCUAUCCACCUGCAUGCAGCCAAGACAGCAGCUCCAUCAGUCAAGCCAAGGGGUGGGUGGGUCAGGGAGCAGCUGCUACCAUCUGGGACUCAAUGAGGUUUGUUAAAGCCGCUGAACUUGAAUAGCCUGAAACUGGCAGUCAUGAAGGAGGUCUUGGAGGAGGAGGAGGAGGAGGAGGAGAUACUUGAGGGGAAUCUAUCCCUUGGAUUUCCUGUAGAUUCUUCCUCUGCUCUUUGAGAUGUAUUGAGUGCUUAGAAAAAAGGUUUCCCUCACCACCCUAACCCUUUGGCAUGAGAGUAUCAUAGGAGCUUGCAAGGUAUAUCCUUCUCCCAGCCCCUUAGCCCGGGCAGAGGAGCUACUGGGGUGCUGCAGGGCACAGACAUGGGUGAGACCCCAUCAACCAUACCACAACCAGAUUGAUUGCAGUGUCUCUGGGACCAACAAACAAGCAUAGAUACAGAAAUUGGAGUAUUUGCUACACAGGUCACUGUCCCGAUAGAUGGUUCCAAGAUGAACUGUUCUAUGGCAGAGUCAUUUAUAGUAUCUGGGAAUUUUAACUCUGUGUCAUAAUGGAAUACAUAUGUAAACAGUCUCGGUGAGGGCAAAUGAAGUUACCCUUCAUUGCAAUAUUUCCUAAUUGGGAUUCUUCCUUGAUUCCAAUGAUCAUCACCCAUCAUCAUCAUAAUUUGUUUUUGUUUUUUUAAAUUGAUAUUUAUUAAAUUUUCAAAAAGUAACAAGUAACAACAAAAAUUUCCAAAAAAGUUUGAAAAUACAAAAAAAAAACAAAAAUAAUACAGAAAUAAUAAAGAAGAAAAAACCCAGCCGCAAAAAAGAAAAAAAGAAAAACAGAAAAACAGAAAUAUAAAAUCCUUUACGAUCUCCAUUAACUUCCUUUCUAGACUUCCUCCUCCUCCCCUCUCUUGUUUCUUAGUAUUUAAUUUUUACAGCAAAUCCUUUCUGUUUUUUCAUAACAAUCUAUCAUUGCGUUUCCUUGUUCUAUUUUCCCUCUUGUCAUAUAAAAACUUUAAAACUCAAAGCUUAUAUUCCAUAUUUAGCAAAUUCUUACAUCAUUACCUUUUUACAAAUCAUUUACCAAUCCUUACUUAAGUCAUAUAAUUUCAUUCAACAUCCUUCAAACAUUUAUAAACAUUCCCAAUAUUAAAAAAUAAAAAAUAAUAAGUCAGAUUCAGUCCAGUCAACUUCCAGCCUCCCCUCCCCUGGACCCGGGAUUGUCAGUCCUUUUAACCUCAAUAAUCCGGCUCCUUAACCUGGUUGUCUCGUGUCCGAGGCCCUCAAGUCUCUUUCUUGCCCCUUUCGCCACUCUUGUUGAUAUUUCCCUUUCAGUCGUGGAUACUCCAGCAAGAAGAUGCUUUUGACUCUUUGCAGCAAGUCCAUCCCAAACCCAUUACCCAAGCCAGACAGCAGAUAAUACCACUUCCAAUUUCCAGAAAACUUGGAGACUUCGACUACUCCAAUCCUCUGAUGGCCCAUCCCUAGACUCGGAAAGUCCAAAUAACCAUAUAGAGGGUGUCAAUCCAUCCCCCAUUUCCAAAUCUGACCACAUUUCAUCUUUCCGAAUCAGGUUUGUCCCAAGUUCAUUUAUCAAGUUCAAAGGCUGAUCUUGCCCAUCCAUAGGUCCCUCCAUCUCUGAAGCCUCCGUCGCUACAGCAGGUUCAUAUACUUGUAUAGACUUUAACUGAAUUUCAUUUGUUUGCUGCUGUGCUCUGGUGACUUCCGUCAUCAUCAAGGUCGACUCCUGACGCAUCUGGUCCAGCUGGGCACUUAAUUUUGCAAAACCUUCCAGGAACACUUGUUCAAGCCUUUGUACAAGCAUUGUCCUUCAAGGUCAAAAAAAUUCUUUCCCACGAGAAUGGUCCUUCUCUUUUAAACUCUCUGCAUUGCAAUUUCACUCAGUUCCACUAGAUGGAAAACCCUUUUUUUUUUUUUUUUUUUUAAUAGGGGAAAAACAACAGUAACAAUCUUUCUUUUUCCAGAAACACUUUAUCCAAAAUUCCCCCUUUCAAAUUCAAGAGGCAACAGUAGAAUCAAAAUGUUACCCUUCUUUUAACUAUCUGUCGAGCUGGAUAAGCUUCAAAACGUCAGUUCUGACAGCCCGCUCCUGGUUCAGGGCGGUGGAAAAUUACUUUAUUUUAAACUCACUUCCGCAGGGUUGAAAAGAUCAAAACAACCCCCUUCUUCUCCUGCAAUCAAAGGGGGUUCAGAAAUCUUAGAUGUUGAAUUUUAGUUCUCUCAGAAUUUAGUUUUCAGGCUUUAGUAUAAUUUGUCUUUGCUUUCUUCACGUAACAAAAGAACGGAAGGCGACUUCCUGUUUAGACCUUUCCGUUCCGAGUCCCAAUUAAAUUCAAUUUCAAGUUCAAGUCCAAUGUUAUUUAUUUAUUCACCAAUCUUAAAAGUAGUUCAGCUCUUCCAGGAUCAGGUACUCACGGAUAGAUGUUUUAGAUGCCAAAUUGUCCAGGAAAAAGGCAGCGCUCUCCGAAAGCGGCAGUGCGGCUUUGCUGCACGGAGGAAGCAGUCGACUCACGGCAGCGCGCACCUCCCCCUCCGGUGCCCGUUACCGGGCUCCUGUACAAGGGAGAGAGCGCUCUCGGUGCCCGCCGAGUCCCACGCCCACAGGCUUCUUCCGCCUGUGGUUUUUAAGGGUCCCCGCUGCGCCGUAGCGGCAGGACCCAAGCCUCCGUGCAGCGGGUUCCCUUCAGUUCGAAGGGAAUUCCGCCAUUUUCCGGAGGCGCCACCCCGGAAGUCCCAUCAUCAUCAUAAUUUGGAUCAGGGGGACAAUAUCAUAUCCUCAGCACACAAUUAUUCUUGGUGCUUGAUGCAACCAUACAUGGAAUAGUAUGUAUUAUUUUGAUCACUGCUUCCCAAAACAAUGUGGAUUGGACCUUCAAUGGUGACACCUCCUCCUUUUGAAAUGUGUUUGUUUUAUGCCAAUUGAAUGUUUGUAAAGGGCUAUUGUCUCCCCGAGAAAGGGACAUUAUCAAGAAAGGCUUUGAGAGAAGUGCCUUGCUCCUCAUUCCUACUGAAGAUUUUCUGUUUUUUCUUUCUCUCCACGCCUACCGUAGUUUUUUAUAGACCAGCAAGUAAAAGAUCGUAGAAAGUUUUUUUGGAUUGGACUCUUUAAAGACAAGGAAGGGAAGUGGACAUGGGUGUCAGGGAGGCUACCUGAAACCGAGUAAGUUUUUGAAGUAACAUAUGUUAAUGGCAUAAAUUCCCAAAACUUGCAGAUUCUGUUUACAUAAUUGAUACUUUCCCUCUCCAAAUAUAUUUUGCCAUGCAAUUUUCUCUACUACCAAAGAUCUACAUAUAUACCCCUCCACAUUAUUGUCCAGGUGAGUGACUGCUGCUUCUCACUAGAUUGGAGAGGCAGAAAGGCUUCUCUAACCUAGUGAAUGUGGUGAUUUGGAAGAGGAUGAAGGCAUCCUUUUAAAUGGUUUGUGGUGAUUAGCUCAGCUUCAAAAGGACUUGCAGGGACCUAAAGCUGAGCAACACUCUUUAGGAAAGUAUUUCUACAGUUAUCUGCUAAGCAAUCUGAAUAACCAGCAAUCUCUAACCUAAAAUGAUAGCAGCAGAUGAAGUAAGUGUGUAAGAGAGGGUAGUUCAUGUCACUCUCUUGGAUAGAAUCAUAGACGCAUAGAAAUUUAGAAUUGGGCGAGACACCCAAGGGUCAUCUAGUCCAACCUCCUGCAAAACAGGAAUCACAACUGAAGAAUCCUUGACAGAUUCCUAAUAGCUUUUGCUGUCAGCUGGCAGUUUAAGGCAGUUCAUGGUUCCCUUUAAGUAUCUAACAACUCUUUUCAGCUUGUGUGGAUGGAUGUACAAGGUCAGAGUAAGAUCUCACUCAUCCACAACUUGGUAGUAGGACAGAGAACUGGACUGGCAUUUAUUACCAAGACUGGAUUAACAGAGGACUGCUUUAAAUUUUGCAAGGUCUUCUGCAACAAAAUCCAAUGACAUUCAUCUCCGUUGAUGCACCCAAUACCAACCACUAAUCCUUUUGGGCAAAGGUAUUGAGUAAACUUUACAAACGGGCAGUGGGGUUGUAUAAUACUAGCUGGGAACUUAAACCCUGUAUGCCAGUGGUUCCCAGUUAGCUAAGUACUGCAGACCCCUUGUUUUUCGAAAGCCAAACCAUCUUCCUUUGAAGAUUUCAAUAUCUCUGUGGCAGUUUUUGUUAUGUGAAUGGUAUAAUGGAGUGGGUGGUUUGUGGACCACCAAUUGGGAACCACUGCUGUAUGUGAACUUAGACUUGAUCAAAGGUCAGAUCCAAGCAGAGGUGGAGCUAGGUGCUCCGGCAUCUGGAGCGGUGUGUACCUGGGGGCGGGGCGAGUGUCCCAGGGGACUGGGCGCAUGUCUCCGGGGGGGCACCGGCUGCCAUGAGCCUCCUUGCAGGUGCAGCCUGUGACGAGUGUUGGGGGCAGCGCAGCAAUGCCACCCCCCCUCAGGGAUGGCACCCAGGGCAAGCUGCACCCACCCCACUCAAAUUUUUCUGCCUCUGGAUGCAACCCAAACAUCUCAUGGAAGUAAAAAAGACCCAUUUCACCAUUGUUACUAGUAUCAAUAGAUUCAUGGAGAGCUAAAAAUGAGUUAUACAAUACAUUUACAACAUUUUUUGUCUGCUGUGUAGUUCAACUUGAUUGAAUAUAAAAUGGACACUGGAGAAUGUAAGGCCUUAUCAGAUGUGACGAUAAACGGGAUGGAUGUUAAGACAGAAAUAACUAAACAUAUUUUUAAUGGUAGAAGGCACGGGGAGCAGGUGAGGAAACAGACCUCCAAUCUUGAUUGAUCAGUGCUGCUCUUUCUUUUCUUUUCAGGUACUGGAAUUUCUACGAGCCAAAUACUGAAAGGCACCACGACUGCGCUGCAGUUACCUUUGAUUGCUACAAAGGUUGCUGGAUAGCAUUAGAAUGUCAUCUACAAAUACCAUAUAUUUGUAAGAAGGUGCCUGAUGAUGUUUGGCUCUAA